AGGUACUUCACUACCCGCUAAUACAGCUCGCUUUGCGCAGGGUAGGCGCUUCCAGGCCCGACCAAAGAUGGUGGCUCGGAGCGCGCGCCCGUCUAGCUGUCUCCAUGGUGAUCUCCCCUUGCCGUGCUCCACGCGCGCGCCGCGCCAUGGCGCCGCUGAGCCGCCGUGCCCGGGACAGGCUUUACUCGCUGAUUCUUCUCACCAUUGUAUUACUUUCAUGGGGAUAUGUUAUUUAUGCAACACGAAUAGCAGCUCGGUGGCAACUUGAGAAGGACUACCCUGAUCAAAUGCUGAAUUUUUAAAGGAACCAGUACAGAUGGACAGCAUCUGGAUUUUCACACCUGAAUACACUUAAAACCAAAUUUGAGGACAGAAAAGAUUAUUUCCAGACUAAUGGUUUGAGAAGUUAUCACAUAAUUUAAGUUUAACAGUGGCAGAAGGCUUCAAGAAAAAAAAAAAUCAAGCUUCCUGCACAAUUAAAAGGAGCAACA